ACAUUGAAACUAAUAAUAAUAAGUUUAACUGAAAUGUCAGACCGACUAAAUGCCCGCAAAUUAUGGUUAGUCAAGGUAGCGGUCUACCAAGACCAGCUAAAUACAUUCUUUAACUCCUACCUUGGCUUGCGCAUAAGAAGAAGUAGAGAAUUGAGGAGAUCUAUUGCAGAGAGAAGAGACAAUGAUAAUUUAGUAGAUCCUCUAAUUGACUCAAUUGCCAAUAUCUCUCUUAAUACAGAAGACCAAGAUCCCCCACAAGAAGAUGAAGGUGAUCUUUGACCCAAGGAAGAUGCUAAUAUCCUUGAAAACUCUUGCAAUCUCUCAAAUGAAGAAAGACAAGAAGUUUCUUCAUCAAACUCAGCACCUAUUGGGAGACAGAAGUUAAUGAAUGACUCAUCCUCUUCUAAGUUGCAGGAAGAUUCUUCCUCCUCCAAAGAAAAUCCUAAAGAGGAAACAAAAGAGGAGUACCAACCUUGCAAAAAGGUUAGACCUGGGAUGCAUACGAUCGAGGAACUAGAUGGAGAGGAAUCUGGGCAAGAGCAACUAUCAGGUGGAGGUGAUUGGCAUGAAGAAGAUAAAGAAAACAGAGAUCAUAAUAGAACCCAGAUGAUCUGAGAAAGACUUGAAAAUGAGGAUUUUGAUAUCAAAAUUAACGAAAACAAAGACGAGCUGAUCUUGACAUAUCGCAGAUUAUAUCGCGGAUUCCGAGAGGAUUUAAGUUUGCUUCUUGAUCGUCUUUGCGAGAUAAAAUCAAGGAUAUCUACCCUUAGACUAAAUGGAAAUCGAACAAUUGUUGAUAAGCUGCUAGUUUUUCUUACUGACGACAUAUCUUUUUUAGGUAAAUAUUUCCUUAAUAAAUCAUCAAUUGUAAAUAUUUCACUUCACAAUUGGAUGAUUUCCUUUGAUACUUUUCAAAGGUUCUUGGAAUUUGUGGCUCCAUUGGAAGUAUUAUCAAUUCAUAAUUGCCAGUUUCUUCUGAAUUUUAAAUACUUUAAUGAAAUUGUAUUACCAGCCAGUCAAGAGAAGGUGGCCAACAAAAUGAUAUCCAAGAUUAUUGUUGGCAAAGUUACUUUUGGAAAGAGAAAUAGUGCAAGAACUACCCCACCUAAAAAUAUUGAAUAUCUUUGCAUUCUUCUAAAUUUUUAUCUUAAUUUUGCUAAAGAAGAAGUGAUAUUAGAAGAUAGCAAAAACUAUGGCUUUGAAGAAGCCGAUAUUGCCACAAGAAUUUCAGAGAGUCAUAAAGUAACAGUAAAGGGCACAGAAGAUGGUGUAAGAUGUCAUUUUCUUUCCUCCAUCUAGAAAGAAAAGAGUAAACUGCCGAAUGCUUAAGAACUUAACAGCCUAAUUCUUUGAAUCUAAAUAUUUUAUGGUUAAGUUCGCAGCUCUUAAUACAUCAAUCUUAACAUUGGUCCAGUAGAUAAUUGUGGGGGAUUAGUGGAACCAUUAAGGAUUGGGAUGGUAUUCAAAAAAUUUGGAAUUAUACCUUCUACAAUGAAUUUAGGAUUAUGACUGGAAUCUCCCAGCUCUAUUGACUGGGCUCUAUUGAGUCCAAAGCAAAACAGAGAGAACAUAUGUAGAAUUAUGUUCGAAGAAAAUGAUUUUCCAAGCAUGUAUAUCCAAAUCUAGGCUGUCUUGUCUUUGUACUCAACAGGAAGAACCACUAGUAUCCUUGUUGAUUCUGAAGAUGAUGAUACACAUCUUGUGUCAAUCUUUGAAGGUUAUCAGAUCCCACAUGCCAUUGAGAAAAUCCUUCUUUAUGAAAGAGAUCUUACUGAUUACUUGUGCAAAAUCUUUAAGGACAAUGAAUAUCAUUUAGAGACCACUAUCUAGAAUCAAACAUUUCGAUAUCAAAGAGAAGCUAAGCUAAUUUGCUGAUGAUUAUGAGGCAGAACUCAAGAAAGCAGGAGAAGGAGGCGAGCUAGAAGAGUCAUACGCAUUGCUAGAUGGACGGCUACUCAAGAUCUCCACUCAAAGAUUCCAAUGCCCAGAGUUCUUGUUUCAGCCAGAUUUGGGAGGCAGAGAAUGCAAGAGCGUCCGCCAGUCGACCUACGACUCCAUCAUGACUUAUGAUUUGAAUGUCAGGAAUGCCUUAUACGCUAACAUCAUUCUCUCCCAAGGAACCACCAUGUUCUCAGGACUCGGAGAGAGGCUCUGCAAGGAAAUGAAAAAUUGGCUCCACAGAAAAUGAAGGUCAAGGCCAUUGCGUCCCCAGACAGGAAAUACGCAGUAUGGAGAGGAAGAUCGACUCUGGUGAAGCUAUCUAUAUUAAAGCCCAAUACUAUU